AUGGCUUUAAACGUGCAAACGAGUCAAAGAGUCCUUUGGGCUGUUGUCCAGGGCUCAAGACCUCCCUGUACCAGCCGUAUUUCUCGCCAGCUACACUCCACCGCCCGACCUUUGAUCCAGCGGCCUAGGCAGUCCCUCCCAGGAGUUUUCGUCGGUGCUCAAGACGUUCAUGUGCACAAGAGACGCAGAUAUUCAUCCCAGGAGCCUCAGGGCGCACCCUCCCAUGUGUCAGAGACUCCUGCUGUUGAAGAAACAACAACAAGCCGUGCUCCUGGCCACAACGCUGAAGAACGGCCUUCUGUGACCUUCACGAAACGACUAGGCAAACAGCGAACCAAAAGACCAGACAAAGAAGAUGCACAAGAUAGCAUAUCGUUAGGGAGUGUGCGUGAUAGAAACGGCCGUUCCCAAGACCAACCUGAUGCGGUCAAGUCCACAAAAGCCGGUGGUGGCAAAGGGAAGAACAAGCGGUUGCAGCUCAAGGAUCUAGCCAUUUCCAAGGAGAAGGAAAAGGAACCAUGGCAGAUACAGAAACAGGCGUUGAAGGAAAAGUUUGGCGAUGCGGGUUGGAAUCCUCGGAAAAAGCUCUCGCCAGACACCAUGGAAGGAAUUCGAGCACUCCACGAACAAGAUCCCGAGAGAUGGUCGACGCCGGUAUUGGCUGAUCACUUCAAAGUCUCGCCCGAGGCCAUCCGCCGCAUCCUCAAAAGCAGAUGGCGGCCCUCAGAGAAGGAGAUGGAAAAGAGGAGGGAGAGAUGGGCCAGGCGUCACGAUCGAAUCUGGGACAAGAUGGCUGAACUGGGUCUCAGGCCACAACGCACCAAGGAAAAGUCCCUCGAGGACCCCGAUGAGUUCGAGGAGAACCUGAAGGCGAAGGAGAUAUUGGAUAACGCACGGAAUGCUUGA